AUGAUAGACAAAAAGCUGUCAGUUAUGCUGGACAUGGGGGGAGAUUGUACCAAUUUCGCUUCGCAAGUUUUAGAUACAGGUGGCAUUCCUACAGAUAAAGAAUGGAAACCGUACACAGUUCCAUGGGUAAAUGUGGUGUCGUUUUAUAAUUACCUUAUUAGUCACAAGUUGGCGAAAGAAUGCCAAUUGAGUGAAUUGAAACCAGGUGAUUUUAUUCAAUAUCUUGGUCCUCAAAGGUAUUCUCAUACUGUUGUAGUUGUAGCCUCAGGUGCAGAUCCCAUAGUGGAUUCUCACACCAUUUUAGAAGCGGUUUUAAGGGUCAUAGAGGCCUUUGCAUUACGAAAUAAUCUUGAUUUCCUCAUUUAUUUAGAUCUUUGUAUAACUUUAAUAAUUAAUUUUUAA